AUGGUGGGGGAAAUGACGAACGGUGGAAGAAUCCGGCAAGCGUUUCCGGGUACGAAAGAUCUGACGAGCACUGAAGGAUCUGAGUAUGGUCCCGUUGAGUUUACCAGAGAAGACGUUGACGCUCUUCUUCAUGAGCGAAUCAAGUACAAGAGCAAGUAUAACUAUAAGGAGAGAUGCGAGAAUACGAUGGACUAUGUAAAAAGGCUUAGGCUUUGCAUCAGAUGGUUCCAAGAACUCGAGUUAGAUUACGCCUUCGAGCAAGAGAAGUUGAAGAACGCGAUGGAGUUGAACGAGAAGCAUUGCGCCGACUUGGAGGUUAGUUUGAAAGAGAAGGAAGUGGAGCUGAAUAUGGUUAUCGAUGAACUGAGGAAGAACUUUGCCUCUGUCCAGGUGCAACUUGCCAAAGAACAAUCAGAGAAACUGGCUGCAACUGAUUCGCUUGGAAGAGAGAAAGAAGCAAGACUUGCUGUUGAAAAGUUGCAAUCUGCUCUCACUGAAGAGCUAGGCAAAACGCAAGGAGAGCUUCAAACAGCUAACCAGAGGAUUCAAGCUGUCAAUGAUAUGUACAAACUCUUGCAAGAGUAUAACUCGAGCUUGCAGCUGUACAAUAGCAAGCUCCAAGGUGAUCUUGAUGAAGCUCAUGAAACUAUAAUGCGAGGAGAGAAAGAACGGACUGGCAUUGUAGAAAAUAUUGGCAACUUAAAGGGCCAGUUUAAAGCACUGCAGGAUCAGCUUGCUGCUUCUAAGGUGUCUCAAGAUGAUGUCAUGAAACAAAAAGAUGAACUGGUGAAUGAAAUUGUAAGUCUCAAGGUAGAGAUUCAACAGGUCAAGGAUGACCGUGACCGCCAUAUUACGGAAGUUAAAAAUCUGCAAGCCGAAGCAACCAAGCAAAAUGACUUCAAAGGCGCGAUAAAUGAGCUUGAGAGUAAGUGUUCUUCUCAGAAUAAGGAGAUACAAGAGUUGCAGGAUCAGUUAGUAGCUUCUGAGAGGAAACUGCAGGUGGCUGAUUUGUCUACCUUUGAGAAAAUCAACGAAUUUGAAGAGCAAAAGGAAAGCAUUACGCAGCUGAAAGCUCGCUUAGAAGAAGCGGAACUUAAGCUCAUCGAAGGAGAAAAACUACGGAAGAAGUUGCACAAUACCAUACAGGAAUUGAAGGGAAACAUCCGCGUAUUCUGUAGGGUUAGACCUCUAUUAUCAGGAGAGAAUUCUAGUGAAGAGGCCAAAACUAUUUCCUACCCAACAUCUCUAGAAGCACUUGGUCGAGGCAUUGACUUGAUGCAAAAUGGGCAAAAGCAUUCUUUCACAUUUGAUAAGGUUUUUGUACCAAGUGCAUCACAAGAAGAUAUUUUUGUAGAGAUAUCUCAGCUUGUUCAAAGUGCUCUUGAUGGUUACAAGGUUUGCAUUUUCGCAUAUGGACAAACAGGAUCUGGAAAAACUUAUACAAUGAUGGGUAGGCCAGGAAACCCAGAGGAAAAAGGACUGAUUCCUCGAUGUUUGGAGCAAAUAUUUCGAACGAGGCAGUCUCUUCGAUCUCAGGGUUGGAAGUAUGAGUUGCAGGUGUCUAUGUUGGAAAUAUACAACGAAACAAUUCGGGAUCUCUUGUCAACAAACAAGGAAGCUGUGAGAGCAGACAAUGGCGUUUCUCCUCAGAAGUAUGCAAUCAAACAUGAUGCUAGUGGGAACACACACGUUGUGGAACUUACUGUUGUAGAUGUUCGAAGCAGCCGAGAGGUUUCGUUCCUCUUAGACCAUGCAGCUCGAAACAGGCUAGUAUCUAUUUUGAAGAUUGGCAAUGAUUCCUCUUUGAGAAAAACGCUAAUGAUACAAAUUGUUUUUUUUUCCAGGUCAGUAGGGAAGACCGCCAUGAAUGAGCAAUCAUCUAGAAGCCAUUUUGUUUUCACAUUAAAAAUCUCUGGAUUCAACGAGAGCACAGAGCAACAAGUACAAGGUGUCUUGAACUUGAUUGAUCUUGCGGGAAGUGAGCGUUUAUCGAAAAGCGGAUCAACCGGGGAUAGACUGAAAGAAACUCAAGCAAUCAACAAGAGCUUAUCGUCUCUAGGCGAUGUGAUAUUCGCCUUAGCAAAGAAAGAGGAUCACGUACCCUUUAGAAACUCGAAGCUCACUUAUCUUCUUCAGCCCUGUUUAGGUGGCGACUCGAAGACACUAAUGUUUGUGAACAUCACACCGGAACCUUCUUCAACCGGUGAGUCUCUGUGCUCCCUCAGAUUCGCAGCAAGAGUGAAUGCUUGUGAGAUUGGAACGGCACACCGUCAAGUUAACGCCAGGCCGUUGGAUUAUCGCUUGAGUCUUGGAUGA